AUGUCAUUGUCAGAGCGCUUGCCCCUUUCUUGGCUAGUCCAAGCGAGCACUUACAAUGUGAAAAUUGGUGAGGAGACUGUCAUCACAACCGUUACUGACCACGAAGCUAUCGCGAUCAGUAGCAUCUCGGCACUUAAGAGUGAAUUGAGAACUCUAGAUCCAUUUGUUGGAAUCGAUGUUGUAAAAAAUGGAAAUCUGUUGCUGUUUCAUGUGAAAAAACGGUGCCUAAUUAUUCAAUUUAAUCGCAUGAUGAAGUUGGAUAAUCUAACUGAUAUUCCUCCUUCUCUUCAAGAGUUUCUGUGUGACGAAACUAUCACUUUUAUAGGCCCAAAAAACAUUAGCCCGAAUUCUAUUGAGUCAUCAUAUAUAGUUGGAAGUAGCAGCCAAAGAUUAAAAUUUACUAGAGUUGUAGAUGUUGGUUAUUUGACUGGUAAGCUUUGUAAGAAGCCAGAUCUGCUGAGUAGUACACUAGAAGAGUUGAUGGGUAGAGUUGGCAUUGAUAUUAAGAAGCCUAUCAUUAGUGAACGUUCAAUGCGUCCUGAUUGGCAAUCGUCUUCGGUUUUAUCGGAGGAGGAGGUGAAAUUGGCGAUGUAUAAAGUUCAUUCAUGCUAUCAAAUUGCAACCAAGUUAAUUACUGAUGCGACAAGUGCAACUGCAAAUCAGUAG